UUAAAAUUUAAAAAUAGUCUAAAGAAAUAGUAAAAAAUAGUCUAUUUUUUAUUUACGAAAGUGAAAGGGAAGGCUAGACCUAGAUCUAUGCUACCCACGGUGUCAAUAAUUCUUCCUGUGCACAAUGCAGUUGAGUGGCUGCCUGAAUCCCUAGCUUCUGUGGAGAAACAAACUUAUGAGGGACCAAUAGAACUGAGUGUUUAUGAUGAUGCUAGUUCUGAUGGAAGUAAAAAUGUCCUUGAUAACUGGUGGAGAAACCUAGAAAACACUCACUUGACACUAGUAGUAUCUGGCCAUGUCGGCUCUGCUUAUGGUGUUGGUUAUGCUAAGAACAAAGCUAUAUCUCAAAGCUCUGGGGAAUACUUCUGUUUUUUAGAUGCAGAUGAUGUAAUGCAUGAAGACAGAAUAAAAGAGCAGAUUAAUGUUGCUUUGAUUCAUCCAGAGGCUAUAGUUGGGUGUCAGUUUCACAGAAAGCCCUCUGAAUCCACUUUACGCUAUACACAGUGGGCUAAUGGCCUUACUAGUGAUCAGCUAUACACACAGGCUUAUCUAUCUCAUGGACCUACUGUGAUUAUGCCAACUUGGUUUUGUCAUCGAAAUGUUGUUAAUAAAGUUGGUGGAUUUGAUGAAGGUGGGAAGGGAACACCUGAAGAUUUAAUUUUUUUUUACAAACAUUUGGAACUGGGUGGAGAAAUCAUAAGAGUGGAGAAAGAUUUACUCAUGUAUAGAUACCACCCACAAGCUACAACAUUUUCUAUAUCUGAAAAAACAAUUUGGGAACUUCGAGUCAGAUUUUUAGAAAAACAGGUGCUAGACAAGUAUCAAUCAUUUUCAAUUUGGAAUGCUGGGAAACAAGGACGAAAGUUUUAUCGCUCUCUCUCCACAAAUAACAAAAGAAAAGUUUCUAUGUUUUGUGAUGUUGAUGUAAAGAAGCUUACUAAAAAUUAUUACAUCUAUGAAGAAAGUAAGGAAGUGCCAAAACCUAAGGUACCAAUAGUCCAUUUUACACAAGUGAAACUUCCUGUUAUUUUAUGUGUGAAGCUGAAUUUAUCUGGAAAUUUUGAACAGAAUCUGAAAAGUUUACGUCUAAAAGAAGGCAGAGAUUAUAUUCAUUUUAAUUAGCUUAUCUUAUUAAAGCCAAUUUAAAAGCUA